UUUUCCAGUGUUGCGGAGCUGUCCAUGGCGGCCGCGGCGCGAGACCGGCGGCGAAGGGGCCGCGCUCUCGGGGCUGCCUCCGCCGCUGCCGCGGAAGACGACGGGGAGGAGCACCACCUCAACCCCUUCCUCUCGGACGCGGCGCCGACGUCUUCGAGAGUCCAGUUCAGGAACGUGGCGUCGCGGGCGCGGUGGGUGGAGGAGGCCGGCGCGGCGGAGGUGUUGGACAACAAGGGGAAGCUCUGGCUGACCACCGGCGUCACACGGGGCGGCAGGCUCUACUACAAUGUCGAGGAGAUCGGGUUUUUGGCAGAAAGAGGGGCAUUGAUUUUUCUCGAUGAUGAGGGUGCGACAAUAGGAAUGGAAGAAAUCUAUGGAAAGAUUGCAGGAGGAAAAUAUGGGUGCUCCUGGGAUGCCUUUCAGGCUUACAAACACUUGAAGUUGCUUGGCUACAUUAUCGGACGAUAUGGUGUCCCCUGGACAAUGAAGCAUAGCCCUACUUGUGAAACCACUGAUUCCCUCGAGGGUAUGCCUGACACUGACCAGAGCUUCAAUAGAGCCAAUGGUGUCCGCAAUGGCAUCACGAAAUUGCUCGGAGAAAUGCACAUAGAUGGGUUACAUCCAUCCUUUGAAGUGUAUCUACCAAAUAACAAAUUUAGAAAGUCAUCCCCUGGAGCCCCUUGUUUCCUCCUAUCUAUGCUAAGAGACAAACCACCAUCAAGGGAUGAACUGGAAACCAUCGAAAGCAAGUGUGACGGCAUUCCUCUUAAAUUUUGUCAAGUUGAUAAUGGACGUGUCAGCUUUCUCUCCUUCGACAAAGUUCUACUUCCUAGUUUGCCCUGACAGAUAGCAGCAGAAAUGGUUGUUAUUUUUCACUUAUUCUGAACUUCUUAUCUUGUAAAGGCAUGACCUCAAUUUGCAUUAGGAUGUAUACUCAGUGCCAUGAACGACAGCCUAAGACAACCCCAUGAAUCAGUUAGUUCACAGAAUGGCUUGUCUUUUUCAGCAGCAAAUUGAUGAAUCGUUUCAAUGGACAACAAGCGUUUCUAUUG